CCUUAUGUUAGUUCUAUUGAUUAUGACAUGCUUGUUUUGGUAAUAUUAUCCUGCAUUCUUCCUGCACAAACUCCCACAUCUUUUUGUUAGUUUUUUAAAAGCCUCUCCUUUUUCUUUUUAACCCUUUUCUGGAUUUUGUCAUCUUCCUCUCAUCAUCACUUUGAUGUGGACCCUUAAAAGCUUCAACAUCUUCUUCCCUCUUUUCUAUCAAUUUUUUUUCUUUUUCAAUUCGAUUUGGUUCAGAUACUGCAGCCAACAAGGUGGUCAUGUUCAUUCCCCCCUUCUUCUUCCUCUGUAUUCUCCUCCUCUAGCCUUGUGGUAAAGUUUUAAACUUUUCCCAAGAAAAUUAGUAAAUUAGCAUGCAAGAUUUGUCAAGUACUUGUUACUCAGCAUUUUUGCAAGUAUCUUGCAUUUUUUCUUAAAAAAGAAAAUUUCAGUUGUUUAAGGCUGCUAGUAUGUUCAUGUGAUUUUGAGGUCUAUUAAAUUUCUCCUCUGCAAUCUUAAUUAGGAAUGAAUGAGUUUAAUCUGCCGAUCUCUGCUAGUGAUAUUGUGCAGUUCUGUUCCCUUGCUCUGCAGGAUCAUUUAUAAUCUAAGGGUACACAUUUUUGUGAUGGAAAAGCAUUAGCUUCUUUUUUAAUCCAUUUUAUUAUGUAAUCUUACAACUUAAACGAAAGAACAUUGCUUUUAGCUAAGGUAGGCCAUGUUAUGUCCUGGAAUUGUUACUUGACAUAUUCAUGUCUAGAUAACUUAUCUAGAAAGUGAUAUCACGCUAAUGGCUAGUAGACACAAAUUGAUUCUCUAGUUAUCCUUGUCACUGAAGAGAAGUCUUUAAUUACCACCAUCAGACCUUACUUAAAAGUGCUUUUUCUUAGUAUUGAGAUAAUGAACUGACUGAAUUCUUUAACCCAUGUUGGUGGACAAGAUUCACAUCGAACAGCUUGAUCAAUUUUUUCCCUAGUUGUUUGGAGCCUUUACACUUUGCCUAGUUUUUACAGCUAAAAUUGUUUGACUGCAUUUUGUACAGUGUUAUUUUUAAGCGUUUCUCAGCAUCAAGUUUGAACUGUGCUAUUCUUUUUCUUUUCUUUUUUUUUAAUGCAGUAUUUCUUGGUGUGAGGUUGGUGUCGUUCAUGUUGUAACUGUAUCUUCCAUUAGAUAUCAUGGGUGGGUGUGUAUCAACUCCAGCUCACACGAUCAAACCACAAAGGAAACCACAUCGGCGUUCUAGAAAACUCAAAGGGCAGCUUUUGGCUUGUGUGGUCGAUGGAAAUCGAAAGAAGCACAGUGAUGCUCGAGUUACAGAUUUUGCUGUUAGUGAGUUUGUCCAGACAACCACUAGUUGCAGAAGAUCCGAAGUUUCUAAUGGUACAUUCCACCUAACCCAGUUGCAGUGGCACCACAGUCAAAUUGAUGCAAACGUGAUUUGCCAGGAAGAUGCAUGGUUUGACACACUCAGCAUUUUGGAGUCUGACUCUGAUGACGAGUUCAGUAGCGUUCAUGGAGACAUUCCUCCACAUGUUGCUAUGGGACAGGUGCUUCAGUAUGAAACUUCAUCAUGCUUUGUGGAUAGCAAAUGCACAUUCAAGGAAUUUCAUGAAGGAUACUUGAAAAUAGAUAAUGGUAAAACAGAGAUGAGCUUAAGCAAAGACGGUCUGAAGGAUUCCAACAAAUUUUCCAUCUUAAGCACCCAAGGAUAUGAACUUCCAGGAUUAUCAAAGAAUGAAGAGUUUGGAAGCAAAACGAAGAAAUUGUUAGACCGUGCUUAUGGAAGCUUUAGUGGUUUAAAAGAGGAUAAAUAUGAUGCCGAAGAGAAAAUGCAAGAGAACAUGUUGAAGUCUGUGCUGCCCAGACUAGUUCCUUCUGUGAGUUUUAAUGACAAAAUUGUCAGUAAACCUUAUGCAAACCCUCAAUCUCAAAGAAGGAAAUCAGCAGUAAUCAGGCUUUCUGUGACACGGACGUCCGUGGAUGGAGAAGAAACAAAUGAAUUUUGUGCAUCACAAAAGUAUCUUUACCGGCCCAGGGCAGGAUUGCUAAUCCCAUGUUGUAGAGAAGAGAAGUCGACUGCUGGAAGUUGGUCUGAGAUAGAACCUUCGAAGUUCAAGCUCCGUGGGGACAGUUAUUUCAAAGACAAGAAGAAGUCCCCUGCUCCAAAUUCAGCUCCUUAUAGUCCGAUUGGUGUUGAUUUGUUUGUGUGCCCCAAAAAAAUUAAUCAUAUCGCCCAGCACCUUGAACUUCCUUCUCUAAAAGCAGAUGGGAAAGCUCCUCCACUUCUCAUUGUUAACAUUCAGUUGCCUACAUAUCCUGCGCCAAUGUUCCUUGGCGACAGUGAUGGUGAGGGCUUGAGCCUGGUGUUAUACUUCAAACUUUCUGAUACUUAUGAAAAGAACACCUCUCCUCAGUUUCAGGAAUUUAUUAAGAGAAUGAUCGAAGAUGAUGUAGAAAAGGUUAAAGGCUUUGCCAAAGAAUCAAGUGUCCCUUUUAGAGAACGGUUGAAGAUAAUGGUCGGUGUGGUCAAUCCAGAGGAAAUCGUCUCAAGCUCUACUGAGAAAAAGUUGAUAAAUGCUUAUAAUGAAAAGCCAGUUCUCUCCCGUCCUCAACACAACUUCUAUCAGGGACCUAACUACUUUGAGAUUGAUCUCGACAUUCACCGCUUCAGCUACAUUGCAAGAAAAGGAUUAGAUGCCUUUCGGGACCGUUUGAAAAACGGAAUAGUGGAUUUGGGAUUGACAAUUCAGGCACAGAAACAGGAAGAACUGCCAGAACAGGUGCUUUGCUGCCUGAGACUGAACAAGCUGGAUUUUGUGAAUCAUGGUCAAAUUCCCACAAUAGUGAGGCUUGAGGAUGACUGAAAAUUGUAUAUGUAAUUUUUUUUUUCCUUCUUUUUUUUGAACAAAAAAAGUUACUAACACGAGAAGUGAAAUGAAUGAGGAAUAUAUGGGAGCUUCUUGAAAUACCCAGAAUGUAGGAUGAAGUAACCAAAAAAUUAUUUCUGAUACGUGAACAAUGUGCCAUAUGAUCUGUAAAUCUAAUCAUCUAUAGGUGUAUCUGAUAAGGGUGGAGUUUUCUCUCCCCCAUUUCCAUUUCCAUUUCCACCAUCUUUUCUCGUUGUCAUUUGAUUUUUUGUUCUCCA